UUGAGAGUCACACGGAAGGAUUAAUCAGCCGGACCGGAGGAGAGGAGCAACACUCAUAACAAAUGUUUGAAUGAAUUAAACUAGAUUCGUGUAAAAAUGUGGAGAUACAAUGCGAAAAUGAGGCUAAACAGCACGACUGUGGACAUCUGGCAACGAAAAAGUGCAAGAUGAAAAAGAACAGGGAUGUUUAUGAUCGCGCUUUAUCGCGGGAGCGGCUGUGUUUUGAAUCUUUCCGUGCAUGAAAUUAAAUUUAACAUCGUAGAUAUAAAGACUUAACAUUGCUGUGGAUGCAUGCAUAACACAUGCACAACAUGCACGUAGAUUUUGCAUCAAAAAACUACAUGAUUUAUUAUUUGUAAGUGAAUGUUUAUUAAUCAUUCUACACACUGCAUGCGUGAUCUUAAUGUUUUCAUGCGUCUGAUUUCAAAAGUGAUCAAAAAAAUAACCAUUAUAAAUUGCAAAUGCACUACAAAUGCAUCCUAAAUAAUUCAUAACUGUAUCAAAAAUGUCUGCUUUCUGUGCAAAACACCUGCUCCAGGACUUCAGGUACAUGGUGCACAGGGUUUCGAUUCGAAUCCCGUCCCGUAGAGUGUUUCUUUUUAAAGGUACUCAUGUUUUAUCUCAAGCCCCUAAAGUGGGACUUUUCUGUUGGACUGCGUGUGGCAUCACUUACGCCGCUGGACAGGAAGCCAUCCAUCAGAAGAGGACCACAGAGAGGAAGUCAGUCGCCCGAGUGCAGAUCCACAGGUUAGUAUUCGUCUUGCGUUUGGGAAUCCGCGCCUUGGUGCUUCUUCUCAAAUUCAGCCCACUUCUGAUUCUGUAUCCCCUGACUUUGCUAUCACAACGUUGGGCGUCCCAUUGGUUGGACACCCUGCUUUGGGUCACGGAAACAUCUGGACCUACUUUUAUCAAGCUCGGCCAGUGGGCCAGCACCAGAAGGGACAUCUUCUCCCAGGACUUCUGCGAGCGCUUCUCAAGGCUUCAUGUGCGGGUGAAGCCCCAUCCCUGGUCCCACACCAAGCUCUGUCUGAGGAGGGCGUUUGGGGAAGGAUGGAGGCAGAUGUUUGUGUUUGACGGCAAGGAGCCUGUGGGCUCGGGAUGCGUGGCACAGGUGUACCGCGCCAAAGCCAAGGUGAAGAGCGUCGACGAUCUGGCUUUCCAGAAGCUGGUGGAGGAACAGGAGGAGAACAAUCUCCUGGAGGCCUGGGAGAUCCCUGGUUUGGGAGGAGCUUUGAGUGACUUCUGGGAGACGGAUAAAGAUGAGGAGGAGACGGUGGACACCAAGACGAGGGAUUUCAGAGAGAGACCUGGUCCAGACGAACACCUGGAGGAAGAGCGUCUGAUUCCUGUGGCAAUUAAGGUUCUUCAUCCAGGAAUCAGGCAGCAGGUGCAGAUCGAUCUGAUCCUGAUGAAAGCUGGAAGUUUAUUCCUCAACUGUUUGCCCGGCAUCAAGUGGCUCAGCCUGCCUGAGAUUGUAGAUGAGUUUGAGAAGCUCAUGACCAGACAGAUCGAUCUUCGUUUUGAAGCGCAGAACAUCGAAAAGUUCCAAAAGAACUUUAAAGAUCUGCAGUAUGUGAAGUUUCCGACGCCCCUCAGACCGUUUGUCACAAGGACUGUGUUGGUAGAAACAUAUGAGGAAAGUGAACCCAUCUCAAAAUACCUAAGCUCAGACGUUCCAGAAGGAAUCAAGCAGAGAAUCGCACGGAUGGGUGUCGAUCUUCUUUUGAAAAUGGUGUUUGUGGAUAAUUUCGUCCACGGUGACCUCCAUCCGGGGAACAUCCUGGUGCAGUGUGGGCGAGGAGAGGGACCCCAGGACAGGGCGACUCUGACGGACAUGUGCGACACUGUGGUGGUCAGCAUGAGGCAGACUCCUCCGCCUCUACAGCUGGUGCUGCUGGACGCGGGCAUCGUGACACAGCUCAGCGAAGCAGAUCGACGCAACUUCAGGGCCGUGUUUACCGCUGUCGUUCUCAAGCAGGGUGAGCGAGUUGCAGAGCUAAUCCUUAAUCACGCCCGCGCCAAUGAGUGCCAGGAUGUGACGCGUUUCAAGAAGGAAAUGGCUGAACUAGUGGAUCAUGCACUCAGUGACACGCUUUCUCUUGGAAAGGUAUUUUUGAAAGAUGUCUCUUCCGCUCAUCAAGGCUGCAUUUAUUUGAUUAAGAAUACAAUAAAAAUGAUUCAGGUCGCCGAGCUGUUGUCUCGAGUCUUUGGUUUACUGAUUCAUCACAAGGUGAAGUUGGAGAGUAAUUUUGCGUCUAUGGUGUUUGCCAUCAUGGUCCUGGAGGGUUUGGGUAGAUCCCUGGAUCCCAACCUGGACAUCCUGGAGAUCGCCAAACCCCUCCUGCUGAAAAACCUGCUCUGAGAUGCUCUUCAGUGACACUGUCAACGUUUACCUCACUGUUCCAGACACCAAUAACAGCCUGCUGCUCAAAGAAAGUGUUGAUCAGGGAAUUUGCCAUCACUCAUAGGAAGAACUACAUAUCUGGGAUCAAUUUCCAUGUACAUGGUUAUAGGGAAAAGUUAAAGGUGUUCCUGGAUCAAUAACAAAUCCUGUGAUAUUGGGAUUGGAUUAUACACAUGGGGCCAGAUUCAGUCUUUCUGUGUCUAUUAUGCAUGAUAUGUCAACUAAAUCCUACAUUCUGCUUUAUAAAUUUCAAUUGUCAAAUGACUAUAUAGGCUGCUUUCACUUUUUUUUUUCACUUUAAACCCUAAACUGCUUUUAAAAUACCUGAAAAGUUACAUAUAUUGUCAUUAUAGAGUUAGUGGCAACAAACCAUUAACAUUUAUAAAGGAACCAAGUAAGACUUUAUUCAGGCACCUUUCUUUUAUUUGUGUAUGUUUAAUUAAAUAUGUGACCCUGGACCACAAAACCAGUCAUACGGGUCAUUUUUUAAAAUUGAUACAUCAUCUGAAAGCUGAAUAAAUAAGCUUUCCAUUGAUGUAUGAUUUGUAAGGACAAUAUUUGGCCGAGAGACAACUGUUUGAAAAUCUGGAAACUGAGGGUGCAAAAAAUUAAAAAAAUCUAAAUAUUGAGAAAAUCGCCUUUAAAGUUGUCCAAAUGAAGUUCUUAGCAAUGCAUAUUACUAAUUAAAAAUAUAUUUUUGAUAUAUUUAUGGUUGGAAAUGUACAAAAUAUCUUCAAAAUAUCCUGAUGAUUUUUGGCAUAAAAGAAAAAUCAAUAAUUUUGACCCAUACAAUGUAUUGUUGGCUGUUCCUACAAAUAUACCCGUGCUACUUAUGACUGCUUUUGUGCUCCAGGGUUAUUUAUAAAAAUGAUGGCCAUUAAAUAUAUUUGUAACAAUCCAUGUCUCUUUGUAAAACGUUUAUUUGAUAAUCAUAGGCUAUACUUUCUUGGCCAUGCUGAAUGUGCAAUUUUUCAUCCCUGAGUUUAUCAAGUUUAAUUAUGUGUUGUGUUCAUCAGAAGGCAUGAAAGAUCUUCUAAUGUAGCUCUCAUCUGUAGAUGAUUUGCUCAGAAAUGGCUUGAAAUAAUUCCUUUGUGUAUUUUGCACACCUUUGUCUGAAUUAAACUAAC